CCCGGCUUCGGGAAGGCCACCCCGCCAGACAUGACAUCGGAUCGCGAUCUCGUUGGUAGCCCCUCCGUGCGGGACGAUGGCCGACACGGGAAGUGCAUGUCGGCUUAUCGCCAGCGCAUAGCGGUAUAAUAAAAGAUGGAGAGUACAAGGUAGAGUACACAUCCUCUUCAACAAACCCAUCCAAGCCACCACAUCUCCCGCAAUCCGCAGACUAUCCACAUCUCCAACACAAGCCAUGGCGCCCGCGAGAACACUCCAGGAUGCCCACUUCACCCCGCUCAACAUCGGCAUCAUCGGAGGCGGCAUCGGCGGCCUAGCGACCGCCAUUGCCCUCCGACGCUCCGGCCACGAAACGACCAUCUACGAGCGCUCCGAUUUUGCCGGAGAGGUCGGAGCCUCGAUUUCCUGCGCGGCAAACGGCAUGCGCUGGCUAACAGAAUGGGGCGUCGACAUUGAGAAAGGCGAUCCCGUCGUGCUGAAGAAGCUCAUCAACCGCGACUGGAAGACUGGCGAGCCCGUCAGCGUGUACGACCUCGACGACUACGAGGAGAAGUGGGGCUAUGUGUACAACAUGUUCCAUCGGCAGUAUAUGCAUUCCAUGCUCAUGGACUGCGCGCUGGAUCAGGAGGGCAAGGGGACGCCGGCGAAGUUGGUGUGUAAUCACAAGUGCAAGGCGAUCGAUCUCGAAUCCGGCACGGUGACGUUCCACAACAACACCACGGCGAAGCAUGAUUUGGUGAUUGGGGCUGAUGGCAUUGGCUCCGUCGUGCGGAAUCUGAUUGGCAUUUUCCCCGAGAAGCGGCCAGCCAGCACGAGUUGUUUGCAUGCCAACGUCACCACGGAGAAGGCGAGGGAGCUGGGACUGGUGGAUUAUUCUCUCGACAGCUCGCUGGAGUACUGGGGUGGUCACAACACUGUGAACAAGAUUGUGCUAUCACCUUGCAACGGUGGGAGUCUGCUGUCGUACUACUGCUUUUUCCCGCGCGAGAAGGGUGACUACGCCGAGCAGAAGUGGGAUGCGGAUGCACCGGUCGAGGAUCUCCUGGAUCCCUACCCGGAUUUGGAUCGACAAGUAUUCAAGCAUCUCGAAAUUGGCGAGGAGAUUCGGCCUUGGAGGUUGUGGGUGCAUGACCCCUACGAGCACUGGUCGAAGGGCGUGGUGACGAUUCUGGGUGAUGCCGCACAUCCGAUGAUGCCUGACCAGAGUCAAGGAGCGUGCAUGGCAUUGGAAGAUGCUGCAGCUUUGGGAAUUGUCUUCAGCCCCAAGUACUACCAAGGAGACGUCAAGGCGGCGCUACGGCUAUACGAGCAGGUGCGGAAGCCGAGAGCCACGAAAGUGCAGGCUGCUGCUGCUCGAGCACGCGAGAAUAUCCACGAGCGAAUUGGCUUCUCCAGCAACACCGACAACAAACUCUACAGCGUCAAAGACGAGCAGCAGAAGCUGACGAUCGAAGAGAUGAACAGCUACGACAUGUACAAGGACGUCGAGGGCAAACUUGGACUCAUACCAGACAACGAAGGACUUCCAGCCAACGGCCUUCCGAAUUGAUUAGUUUAUGAUGAUACCAGCGUUGUAUUUCGACCAGCAUAUGUUAUGUAGAUGGGUUCGUGUGUGGAUCUUUCCAAACCACUUCUUUACCUCCAUAAUGUCCAAAAGAAGAGUCGGCAGAUCUGAACUGAAUGCAGUAGUAGACACGGACACCCCACCACGAACGGAAGCAAAACAGCAAAAAAGAAAGAGUAAUCAGAGGGAUCAAUGCCUCCACCCAGAAUUGAACUAGGGAUCUUCGCAUCUCUUAUCGAACCAGUGGGUUGUACUUGGUCGUUACAAGUGCGACGCGUUACCACUGCUGCAGCCAAUUAUCAGCGGGGAAUUAACCAAAAUCUAAGCGAUUUUUGGACACUCACCGCCAUAGAGGCUUUU